ACAUCCGACAGCAGCUCAAUGAACAGCUCAAAUUUCUCGACGUCCGUAUGGAGUCGCAGAUCUCGCUCAUUCAGGAGUUGCAGGAUUUCUUCCGACGGCGCGGCGAAGUCGAACUGGACUACAGCAAGAGCCUGGACAAGCUGGCCAAAAGCCUGCAGCUGCGACACAAGGAACAGCGACAAAAACGAGAACAGUGGCCCAUGUUCUCAUCGUACUCCUGCUGGCAGCAGUUGGUCAACCAGACAAAAUCCCUAUCCAAAGAUCAUGCGGCCCUGUCGGAGAUCUACUCGGUGCAUCUGGUCGCCCGGUUACAGUCCGUCUGGGACGAUGUGCAACGGAUAUACAGGAAGUGUCGCGAAAUCGGCUUCGAAACGCACGUCGAGAUCCUACGGAUCCUACAAGAGUUACACACCAACAUGAAAACCUACCACACGUACCAAACCGAAGCCAAGGAGGCGGAGAAGAAACUCCGGGCGGCUGAAACGCAACGCAUGAAGCUGCAGCAGAGCGUCCCGAAGGAGAAACUGGAGCGCAGCAAAAAGUACAAGCUCAUCGAGAAGGAGGUUCUCAAACGCAAGAACAAAUACACCGACGCAAGACUGAAGGCCCUCAAGGCGAAAAACGAGUACCAGCUGUGCCUGGAGGCGUCCAAUACCACCAUCCACAAGUACUUUGUGGAGGACCUUAGCGAUCUGAUCGAUUGUAUGGAUCUCGGUUUCCACUCGGUCGUUUCCCGGGCGCUGUUGAUGCACGUAUCUGCCGAUCAGGGUCGGUGCCGAGCGGUGCUGAACAACACAGACACCCUGUCGCACAUAAUUAACUCAAUGGACAGUCGAGCGGACAAGCAGAAGUUCCUGGAGCAGCACAGCGCCGCCUUUAUGAUUCCCAAGCGGCUCGAGUUCCAAGGCCAGGACGAAGACAUCGAGCCGGAACUGCAGAAGGCCCUGCACCAGGAGAUGGAAUCUCGGUUGGUGCAGCUGGAGCAACGGGUUAACAACCUCCGGAUGGAGUCGGACGAGAUUUGGAAAACGUUGGAGACGGCCGAAAUCAACCUGCUGGAAAUACUCAACACAAAGGACUACGAUUGUGGUGCGGCGUUCGGCGAGGGGGCACUGGGGAUACCCAAGCCGGAGAACACCUCGGUCAAGUUGCGGUCGGACAAGAACGAAAUUGAAGAGUUUUACAUCACGAAAAUUCGCGAAUACAUUCUCGCCACAUCACGAAUAGCACGGCUCGACUCGAAGGCCGAGUUCCUGCGUAGCGCCCUGACGAAGGAUUCUGCCGUCAAAACCGACACACUAAUCAAGUCGAAUGUUCCGAAGCGGAAACGUAUCGGUCGGAUGAACAAAUCCGGCCGGCCGAAGCUGUUUGGUGGCUCCCUGGAGGAAUACCUGGAGGUCACCAGCGAGGAGAUUCCACUCAUUCUGCGGAGCUGCAUUCGGGUCAUAAAUUUGUUCGGAUUACAUCAUCAGGGUAUUUUCCGGGUGUCUGGAUCUCAAGUAGAAAUAAGUAACUUUAAGGAAGGAUUUGAGCGGGGUGAUGACCCGUUGGCCGAUACUACUGACGCGUCGGACAUCAACUCGGUGGCUGGUGUUCUCAAGCUGUAUCUAAGGGAACUGCGGGAACCGCUGUUCCCACUGAUCUACUUCGACCAUUUUGUUUCGUUGGCGCAGCUUGAAUCGAAGCACGAAAUCGUGUUGGGCAUUCGGAAGUUCUUCCAGAGUCUGCCAAAGUCCGUGGUGAUCGUGAUACGGUAUCUGUUUGCAUUCUUGAACCACUUAUCGGAAUACUCGGAUGAGAACAUGAUGGAUGCCUACAACUUGGCCAUCUGCUUCGGUCCCACGCUGAUGCCGGCUCCGGAGGACAAAGACCAGGUGCAGUACCAGAAUCAGGUGAACGAACUGAUCAAGAACAUCAUUGUCUACCACGCGGAGCUGUUCCCGAAGGAUCUCGGUGGCAUGCAGUACGAGAAGUUCAUCUCGUCGGAACCGUUUGAAGAUGAUGUGGGUGAUUCACCAACGGAACAAGUCUCCGAAGAUCCGGACUCCGAAGUGUAUCCAUCGGAAGACGAAUCUGACACAUUCGAAGCAAUCGUGCAGUUCGACUUCAAUGCACGAUCGGAAAGGGAACUUUCGCUACGCAAAGGGGACAAUGUGAUACUGUAUAACCAGGUUUCCAACGAUUGGUGGCGCGGAGCGGUAAACGGAAAAACUGGAUUGAUUCCGGACAAAUAUAUUUCGCUCAAGAUCAAGGACGAAGACCGCGACAAGAGUGAGCACCUGAAGUCUUCCAGCUCGGAGGAAUCGGUCCGAAAGCGACGACCCAGCGGUAACAUCUCCAUCAACAGCCAACUCUCGAUCUGCACCACCAACUCCAACACGCUCUCUAACAUUACCUGCGGAUCGGACUACACGGGAUCCACCAUCAGCACUACGACCGCGCAAGGAAUCGGCUCCGGCCCCACCAUUGCCGGUAGCGGCAUGUCUGCCUCCCCUGGACAUCCACAAUACCAAACGAUUCAGCAAAUGCAACAGCAACAACAACCACAGACGCAACAACCGACGCUACCACCGAUCAACAACCAGGUCACGCAUCAACCACCACUCCCGUCGGCCCAUCCCCUCAUCGGCGAGAAGCUGACGGCCGACCUCAAGGAUCCGGACUACAUCCACUACGACACGGUGGACCUCAAGGGAUCGACCUACAGCUACCACGACGAACCGCACUCGUUCGAAACGUCCGGCGAGUUCCUGGAGGACAUGACCCACUUCACAUUCGAG